AUGCCUAGUGCGAUGAUAACUGGGCUGGGGAUUUUGGGAUUGGACUCACUGGGAGCAGAUCUGGCCGGGUUUGAGGAGAUGAAUUUUGAGGAGAUGGAAUUUGAGGGUUUGGCAGAUGGUGAGGGGGAGUGGAGCUCUUUACUUGCAGAGCAGUUUGCACAGCAGCUGGGGGCAAUUGACGAAACCGAUGGGGCUGGGGGGAGUGGGGUUGGUGCUGCAAAAAGCAAGGAGUGGGUGGAAGGCAAGGAGGGAGUGGAAGGCAAGGAGGGAGUGGAAGAACGGGAGAUGCUUUCAGAUGAAGAAAGCAGUGGAAGCAGAGAGACUUCAGAUGGGGAACGGGCAAUGGAGGAAGGCGGAGCAAUGGAGGAGGAAGAGGGUGCGAUGGAGACAUGGACGGGAAUAGACGAGCGUUUAACGAUGGAAAUGGGGCCGCCUGAUCGAUACUUCCAGCUGCCCAGCGACAAGGAUGUUCCUCAUGAAAGCAGUAAGCAAAUCCUGAAAACUGAAGGGAUGGAGAGACAGCAAGGAGGCUGGACAGUGUCUGAGGGUAACUACAUGAUGGCAAUUCAGCCGAGACAACAGGCGGUGCCAUCGCAAGUAGGGAUGGAGGGGCAGGAAGGUGGCUGCACAACAUCUGAGGGUGAAAACGGCUGUGGUAACUACAUGAUGGGAAUGCAGGCAAGCCACCAGGCGGUGCCGUUCCAAGCUGCCCAGACUGCCCAGACUGCACCAUCUGUUCCAUCAUCCUCCCAAUGGCACCAGCCAGGUCAACGGGGAGAAUGGGGCGAGCAGGGUCAAGCGGUCCGAGGGGCAGGUGUGGCGGUGGGUGUGGCAGCAGCAGGACCAUCCGGCCAUCUAGGCGUGGAGCAGAUGCGUACUCCAGUAGAAACCUCAGCACUGGCAGCGGGGCUGCACGCAGUGACAGGGGAGGAUGCAUUGGCAAGGCAGCAAGCAUUGGCUAAGCCGCAAUCAGCAGGGCUGCCAGUCCCAAGCGAGCCACGAGCCGCUUCAUGGGGUUUCAGUGUAGAAGUGUCCGAGGGAUUAAUGGCGCCUGGUGGGGAUAGUUUUCUGCAAGAAGCGAAGGAGGAGGUGGAGGUACCCUGCAUGACAGGUAGUGUGAGUGGUGUGAGUGGUGUGAGUGGUACAAAUGGUGCUGAUGUUGCUGAUGGUAUGGUUAUAGCUGGCCCAAUGGAUAGUGUAGCUGCUGCAGCUGCCAAUGUGGGUAGUAGGAAUGGCUUGGAUACCCCAGUAAAUGUCUCUGCCGGUGUGGCUGCCAAUGUGGGGAGUGGGAAUGGGGUGGAUAUUGCCGUGACGCCUACUGCCUGUGUUGCUGGUGACGCUGAUGGUGCUAAACCUGUUAUUGAUGUGGAUGGUAUGGCUGGUGUGGCUGGUGUUGCUGGUGUUUCUGGUGCUGCUAUUGUUGCUGGUCUUUCUGGUAUUGCUGCCGCGCCUGGGGUGGCUGGGCUGACAUCCUCUCCAGACUGCUCUCCCAAACCAAUCUCGACCAUCCCUCUGCGCAGGCAAGUACGCGCAGGAGCUGCACAAACGACUGGAGAAGCAGCCUUGGAUGCGCGCCAGGAGGCCCGGAGAAGGGGUGCUGCAGCAGAGGCGGAUGGGGGGGCAGCAGAGGUUGUUGCUGGAUGA